GUGACGUCAGCAUUUCCACUUCCGGGUCAUGCGUCCUCAUGCGAGCAGCAUGGCGUCCAAAAACAAGUACGGAAAAAAGUCGAAAGCUGGUAAAAACUGGACAAGUCAGCCCGAAGAGAACAGAAUGGAGGAGGAAAACUGCGACGAAGGGAACAACAAUACAAACAUGGUAGCCAGUAGACGCCAGGCGGGGGCGGACGGGUUCAGUCUGGAGGAAGUUCUGUGGCUCGGUGGCACUCAGACCGACUUCAUGCUCCUGUCCAACUUGGACGCGUCCGCUGACAUGGUGGACGGAGGGAAGAAAGGUGCCAUAGACGACCUGGAGGAAGGAGAACUGGAGAAGUUCAUCACUAAAUUGGGCAUUCAGCAGCUUGCCAACCUGACGGUCCUCCCAGACGAGACGGAGGAAGAAGCAAUUCCUAAGAAGGAGCUUCCAAAGUCCAAAGCGGAGAAACCUGCUGAGGAAAAUGCUUCCAAGCCAGAGCAGCGGCUUCCUGAGGUGCAGAAGAAGAAGAAGAAGAAGAAGAAGAAGGAGAAGACGAAAGGAGCGGCGGUGGCCACAACAUCUGGGAAACGGAGCAAACAAAACGUGUUUGAGUUCCGUCAGAGGAACGUCCUGCUGGUCAAACCCGGAGGGAAAUGGUUUGACUUAGAAUACAGCGCCGAGGGUUCCACUGUCCCGCAGGAUCCCGGCAUGGUGUCGUCCUACAAGACGCUGGCGCAGCAACUGUACGAGGCCGACGUGGAGCUCUACAAGAGCAAGAAGAACCAGAAAGGAGCCAACUCUACCUGGAUGAAGACGGUGGUGUCGGCCGGCGUUCUGGCCGACAGGAUGGCGGCAAUGACGGUUCUGAUCCAAGACACGCCAGUGCACAUGCUAGAGCACGUGGAGAGCCUGGUGUCCAUGGUGAAGAAGAAGGGCAAUCGGCGGAUGGGGCUGAUGGCGCUGGAGACGCUGCGGGAGUUGCUCCUGUCCGACCUGCUGCCGGAAAACAGGAAGCUACGGCCUUUCGACCAGCACCCGUUUGACACGCUGGAGGAGCUGGCGAGCGGCAACCGCGAUGCCCGCGACCGCCGUCUGCUCCUCUGGUACUUCGAGCACCACCUAAAGCACCACGUGGCGCAGUUCGUGGCGGCGCUGGACGCGUUGGCUCACGACACGGUGGCGGCCACCAAGGCCAAGGCGCUGGCCACUGCGUACGAGCUGCUGUGCCAGCGCCCCGAGCAGGAGCGGGCGCUGCUUAUCCAGCUGGUCAACAAGCUGGGCGACCCAGAGUACAAGAUGGCGGCCAAGGCCUCGCACCUGCUGGAGACGCUGCUGCACCGGCACCCCAACAUGAAGGUGGUGGUGUGCUGCGAGGUGGAGCGCCUCAUGUUCCGCGCUAACAUCAGCGCCAAGGCGCAGUACUACGCCGUGUGCUUCCUCAGCCAAGUGCACCUGAGCCACGACGAGGAAGCGUUGGCGGCCAAACUCAUCGCCGUCUACUUCUCCUUCUUCCGAGCCUGCGUCAGCAAGAAGGACGUCGAGUCCAAGAUGCUCAGCGUGCUGCUGUCGGGCGUCAACCGGGCGUAUCCGUAUGCCGGGACCGGAGACGAGAAGGUGAAGGAGCAGAUGGACACGCUGUUCAAGGUGGUGCACCUGGUCAAGUUCAACACGGCCGUGCAGGCGCUCAUGCUGCUCUUCCAGGUCAUGGACGCCCAGCAGAGCGUCUCUGACCGCUACUACGUGGCCUUGUACAGGAAGCUUCUGGAUGCGGGUCUGUCGACAUCAUCUCGUCAAAACAUGUUCCUCAACUUGCUGUACAAAUCCCUGAAAGCCGACACGGUGCUGCGUCGCAUCAAAGCCUUCGUCAAGCGUCUGCUGCAGGUCAGCGCAGAGCAGGGCGCCACCUUCGCCUGCGGCGCCCUCUUCCUCGUGUCCGAGGUCAUGCGCGCCAAGCCGGGACUCAAGACGUUGCUGCAGGAGGAAGGAGAUGCAGAAGAGUCAUUCAAAGACCUUCCUGACGAAAAGGAGGAUGAUGAUGAUGAUGAAGAGGAGCACUUCACCGACGCCGACAAGGUGGAAGAAGCGACAGCAAGCGUGCAGAAGUCCAAACCUGCGGCAUCGUGGGUACAUCAUCAGAACCUGGAAGGCAGUAAACAAGUGAAGACGUAUGAGCUGCUGCACAGGAAUCCGUUAUUCUGCGGCGCAGACCACAGCGCAUUGUGGGAACUCCACAGAUUGGCGCUACACUUUCACCCGUCAGUGUCGCUCUUUGCUAAAACUCUUCUGCAGGAGGACUUCAUCCAGUACUCGGGAGACCCCCUGCAGGACUUCACCCUCAUGCGCUUCCUUGACAGAUUUGUCUUCAGAAACCCAAAACAGACCAAGGGCAAACAGAACACAGACACUUCAGUGAUGCAGCCCAAACAGAGAUCACAUGGCAUAUCUUUAGCAGUGAACAGUGAAGAGUUUCUGUGUAAAGAAGAAACUCAGAUUUCUGUGGAUGAAAUCUUCUUUUAUCGCUUCUUCAAGAAGCGUCAGCAGGAGAGGCGUCUUCACCGGCCUAAAACGGACGACGACAACGAAAGCGUGGAGGACGUAAACGACGACGAGUUUGAGAAGAUCCUCGACUCAUGUGAAGCAGACUCGUACUUCAUCGAGUUCCCAGAUGAAGACUUGGACUUUGCUGGGAACGUGAAAGGCGGCAAAAGAAAAAAAGGCGCCAAGGAUGCGGACAACUCUGACGACUCGGACUUGGACAACCUGGAUGACGAGGAGGUGUCGCUGGGCAGCAUGGACGAGGAAGACUUCGAAAAAGACGGUGACGAACACGGAGGAACCUUCAUGGAUCCUGACGGAGAUGAUGAUGAAGAAGUUCCAGAGCUUGAAGCCGAUGAUGAAGAUGUUGACUUUGAUGAUGAAGUUGACGUUCCAGACGUGACGCCGCGUUCCAAGAAAGUCAAAAGGAAGUCGACAGAGGAGCUCGACUUCUCGCAAACUUUCGGCUCCAAAGCAGGAAAGAAGAAAAAGAAAGGAGAAAAAGACACAGCCGUUUUUGCAGCCGCCGAGGAGUUUGGAUGCCUGCUGGAAAACAACGCCGGCGCCAAGUUUGACAACAUUGGACUUAAUGCCAUGGCCAAUACCGACAAAGCAGGCGUGAAGCAGCUGAAGUGGGAGAGCCAACGUGACGACUGGAUCCAUGACCGUGAUGCCAAGACGCUACGCAGGAAGAAGGCCAUGUUCAACAAGAGGAAGCAGUUUGGACGGGGGAAGAUGUUGAUGACGAUUACGAAGGGGAACAAGAAGAAGAGGAAGUAG